CGUGACUCUUCAGAGGAUCAGUCCUGAACGGUUGUUCCACAGUAAAAACUCAACGUUUUAAUCCCAGGUGCUUUCUUUAUAGUAACCAUGCGCCCAUACGGUGUAGUGAGCGUACUGGAGACAGCUCUGUUGGUUUUGCUGGCAGCCUGUCAACAAUGUACCUCAACCUUCCUUCCACCAGAGUUCUCACAACACAAUGGCACUCUGUAUGCAACCUGCUUACUGAAACCCAGCACUGCGCUCCCGGAGGGCCUCCCCAAACUGUGCGGCGAGGUGCUGUUUAAGCAGGAUCAAGCUCAGGGAAAACUCCAAAUCCUUCUCCGGUUCCACGGCUUCCCAAAAGACGGUCAUCCGGAGCCCAGAGCCGUGCACAUCCACCAGUACGGAGACCUGAGCCAGGGAUGUGACUCAACUGGUGGCCACUACAACCCGUUUGGUGUAAACCACCCUGACCACCCAGGGGACUUUGGUAACUUCGUGCCUCAGCAAGGAAAAGUCCAUGCGUUGAUUGACUCUGAGGCAACACUGUUUGGAGGUCUAUCGGUGUUUGGUAGAGCUGUGGUGGUUCACGAAAAGAUAGAUGACUUGGGGCUCGGUGGCGACACCGGGAGCCUGCUGCACGGGAACGCAGGGCGAAGGCUCGCCUGCUGCACUAUCGGGAUCUCCUCCCCCCGUCUCUGGGAUAUAAAGUACAAGCAGUACCAGAGGCAGUCAGUAUUAUUCAUAUAGGAAUUCCUGUCAAAUUAAAUCAAUCAGUUCACAUCUUGCAAAACUUUCCAUAGUAAAUACUUCCUCUUCUGGACAUUUAACCUAUUUAAAGCUGACAUUCCCGUUAGUGUCAGUGCAUUCUUUGUUAAAAAUGAUGACAAAAAGUUGACAUAACAUUAAAAUAAAGACCGCCAACAAAGCAUUUAAAAUUAUUUGCAUGUCCUGCGGUGAUUUUGUAUAACUCCAGAGCAUCAUGUGUAUGUUUUCUUAUGUAGAUGCAGUUUUCCAUUAAAAAAUACAU